AUAUACAAAAAUCAUGAAGCAAGUAGCGGAGUUGCAGUGUGAGAGUCAGCCCACCCUAAACUAACCCAACCCCUUCACGGCUUCACUCUCGUCCUCCUAGUCUCCCACCUUAUUUACAUCUCUCUCUCUCUCUCUCGGAUCCCAAACCCUAGAGAGCUGAGAGUAGAUCGAGAAUGGGCCAUGGGAAUAAGCCCGGGCAGCGCCAAGUGUUGGAGUCCGUCUACUCGGCGAUCGCGCUCUUCUUCAUCCUCGUCGCCUGCGUCGAGCUCUGUGACGCCGCCACCGUCGUCGACGUCUACCGCCUGAUCCAGUACGACAUGUCGGGCGCUCAGUUCGGAUCUCGCCUCGCCAAUCUGAAUCACCACGCUGGCUCCCUUCACUCUCCUCCUGGCUCUGAUCUCUCUCGCACUGUCCUCAUCAUCCCCUUGCGUGACCUCAACAUCACCUUCGUCACAGAAUAUAUUACGCAGAAGCAGCCUCUGGGAGGCUUGCUGAUUUUGCUUCCCCAGAUGUUUAGGCCUGAAAAUAUUGAAAUGGCAAAGAGUAGUCAUCAGACUGAUGGAGAUGAUCAAUUGAAGACUGUUUUGGCUGAACUUGAAAAGCUACUUAUACAUUCCAAGAUACCUUAUCCUGUAUAUUUUGCUUUUGAAGAUGAUGAUAUUGAGGCUGUGUUGGCUGAUGUCAAGAGGAAUGAUGCCAGUGGCCAGCCUGCCACCGCCACUACUGGAGGAUACAAGCUUGUUGUUUCAGUUCCAGAACCUAAGAAACGUGCGUCACCCACCAUUACAAACAUUCAGGGAUGGUUGUCUGGGUUGAAAACUGAUGAAGGCACAAAUCAACUUCCAACUAUUGUUAUUGUAGCAUCAUAUGACACAUUUGGGGCAGCUCCUUCAUUAUCAGUGGGAAGUGAUAGCAAUGGAAGUGGUGUUGUCGCCUUACUUGAAAUUGCUAGGUUAUUUUCUGUUCUUUACUCAAAUCCCAAGACAAGAGGAAGGUACAAUUUGCUUUUUGGGUUGACAUCUGGAGGACCGUAUAACUACAAUGGAACUUAUAAGUGGCUCCGGAGCUUUGACCAACGCCUUCGUGAAAGUGUUGACUACACUAUUUGCUUGAAUAGUGUUGGCUCAUGGGACAAAGAAUUGUGGCUUCAUGUGUCUAAGCCUCCAGAAAAUGCUUACAUAAAGCAAAUUUUUGAAGGUUUCUCUGAUGUAGCAGAAGAGUUGGGCAUUACAGUUGGUUUGAAGCACAAGAAAAUAAAUAUUUCAAAUUCUCGAGUAGCUUGGGAACAUGAGCAGUUUUCACGGCUGAGAGUUACUGCUGCCACCCUUUCUGAACUCUCUGUUGCUCCUGAACUGUUAGAAAGCACUGGAAGUCUGCUUGAUGGCAGGCUAUUUGUUGAUGAAACUGCAGUUAUUAAAAGUGUCAAGUUAGUUGCUGAGGGCCUUGCGAGGCAUAUAUAUGGUCACAAAGGAAAGAACAUUCAAAUCUUUGCAGAAAACAGCAGUUUGGCAGUUAAUCCUUCAUACAUAAAAUCAUGGUUGGAUCUAUUGUCGCAAACACCUCGAGUGGCACCAUUUUUAUCAAAGAGUGAUCCAUUUAUCUUGGCAUUGAAAAAGGAGUUGGAAAAUCAUACUGAUGAGGUGAAUGUGCAGCAUGAGGUUCUUGAUGGAGUGUUUACUUUCUACGAUCCAACUAGGGCUAGCCUUAACGUAUAUCAGGUCGCCAGUGUGACAUUUGACUUGCUGUUGCUUCUAGUCUUGGGAUCGUAUCUGAUAGUUCUCUUCAGUUUUCUUGUUGUCACAACUAGGGGUCUUGAUGAUCUAAUUAGCUUAUUUCGACGACCUCCCUCACGUAAAGUGAAAGCAGCUUGAUUAGCAAAAGUCGGAUAUGUCAGAACUUUGCUUUUCUGGCACUGAAGACUGAAGAGUCUCUAUGUGGCCUAGAUUUGAUUGACGAGUUGUUAGUAGUUCCAUUCUUGUUGUGUUGGUUAGUUUAUGUCACGAGGAUCAUUCAGCUGUUGGUAUUAGGGAAGAGGCUUAUUUAAGACUGAUUGGACCAGACUUAAGCACUCAAGGUGAACCAUCAACGCCAUGAGGACAUUUUUGUUGAGGUCCAUAUUCUGUUGAACUGACUAUUUAGGUAUGUGCAUGAAGGUGUAAUACCAACCAAACAGAUGGUCAAAAGGUGAAGAUAAAAUGAUUUUUCACGGUUUUACUAGAUACAUGACCAAGUUGUAGCAAAUGGAUGCAGUUUUAGCUGUCAAAUUAUUUCUUUGGCUGUAGCAAGGUUACGAGUAGCCAAUUUAUGAGUGACCUUUGUAGUAUGAGCAUAAUGGCUUUCUUAUGAUUCUUUUAAAACAGUUUGAAUCAUACUCUU